AUGGAUGUAUCCAAAACUUGUGAAUUGACUCCAAAGCACGAACAUUCUAAUGAAGAUAACCUUGGAACUUAUUACAAGUUAGAAUCUAUACAAAGAAAAAAGGAAAAGGACUUCAUAGUAACUCCAGUACGUAGUUCAUGCAGAAUUUCAAACUUUCAAAGCACACCUUCUUCUUGUGUAGGGUUAGAUAAAGUGCUAGUAAUUACACCAAAUCCAUAUAUAUCAAGCAAGAACACUGAUGAACUAUUGGAGAAAGUUCUUAAACAAUUUGAACACAAGGUUCGAAUUAUAUCAAUAGAUCAACCUCAGAUAAAAAGUGAAAUUAUUAAUAGGAAGUCUAUAAAAGAUGAAGGAGUCACCAUAGACAAAGAAUUGUAUAAAUCAGAGAACUCCGAUUUCUACAAUGGUCAAUUAGAAAAAGAAGGCACUUGUGAAGGUGACAUUUAUUCAGAGGACAAAUUGAUUGCCAAUUUUGAAAAGUGCAUGAAUAUAACAAGUGUAGAUAAGUUUGCUACCAAUCCUGUCUCAACAACCACUCCAAGAAGUUCAUAUUUUAUAUGUAGAAAUAGACCUAGAGUAUUCUUAGGAAAAGAAAAUAAGAUGAAGCAAGCUAUAACUAAAAAAAUAGUACCUAUACCAAAUGGUUGUAAAAUUAUCAAACAGAAUGACUUUUGGCAGGUACUCGAAUUUGCCGCUGGAAGUGAGCUUGAAAGACGAUAUAAAUGCAGAAGAAUUCUGACAAGGAAAGUUGGUAGUAUUCCAAUAGGACAAGAUCAACCUCAAUCUAUUGAAGAAUUUAAAAGAUUUCAUCAAGAAUUGAAAAAUCUUCUUGAAUUAAGCAAUUAUUGUUAUUCUCCAGAUGUUUUUUAA